AUGGAGGAACCAGAAGAGACCCCUCCAACAAAAGUUGAGACUGGGACUAGUCCCAUAAGACAAGAGGAGGAGGGUUCUACAAAAGUUGAAGCAGGGACCAACCCCCCAGACCAGGAACAGGAGGGACCAGCAAGAGUGGACACAGGGACUGACCCCCUUGAGCAAGUAGAGGAGGGUCCUUCCCAAUCAACCAUGGAGGAACAGGCUAGUAAGCCAACAGACCUCAGUCAGAGGGGCUCCCGGAAUCUGGCACAGAUAGAUGGGGAGGAAGUGGAUACCAGUAAAAUGAAAUAUGUUGAGGGAGUUCAAUGUGCUAGGGUGGAUGUCAUGGAUACAGGGUUUGCAGUGCCAGAGGUCAUCAUUAUGGAAGGUCAAGGAGUUUUGUUUGAAAAGGGAGGCAGAAAGACCCUGGAGAUUGUUCAGGUGAUCCAUGAUGGUGACAACCUAAGACCUGUGAUUGGUGGAUUUGGUUCCAAAGAUGCCAAGGUCAAGGACAAAGAUGAUAACUAUAUACAACAAUUCAACUUAGAAGGAGAAUAUAAAUUUGCAGUGUCUAAGAUACGUUGUACACCUCUGACUGUGAUUGUAAGACGACGUCUGCCGUUGAGGGCAGGAGUGACAGACGAUGGUUUUAACCCCCAGAUCAUUGCUGUUGACCAGGGGGACACGGUUGAGUGGUCAUGGAAGGACUGUACUGUGCCCCACUCCGUACAGGAAGUGAAUUAUCUGUUUGACAAAGGAGUGUUUGUCAAAAGUCAGUGGGCAGAUGGGGCAAGUAAUGUUGUAAGAACAAUCACAGGACACUUCUCAAAAAAAUUUCCGCGUCCAGGAAUAUACUUUUUUCAGACAGAGAGUUCCGAGCUUCAUAAACAACAUUUCUGUGUUGUGAGAGUCCGGCAAAGCAUCAGGGAGUACAAAGUGGAGAUAUCAGACCGUGCCUACCACCCCCCUGUGUUACUGAUAGAGACAGGGGACAGAGUCUGGUGGUACUGGGACAAAUUCAAGUGCAAGAAACACCAUUGUGUAUAUCAGAUAGAGGCCCCGACCUUGAACCAGGAUGAUGAGGAACCAUAUCAACCGGUUCAGAAUGGCUUCAGGUGGAGUCAACCAAGUAAGCAGGGUCUGCUGUCUCAUGUGUUCACAGAACCUGGAGUGUUCUAUUACUCGGACCAAAACUUCCAGGAGGCAGCUGAGUACAUUGGUACUGUGAUAGUCAAACCUAAACCAAAGGAACACAGGGUAAUGAUCAAGGAGGACGGUUUUGAACCAGAUGUAGUACGAAUCAGAACAGGAGAGAGAAUCUGGUUCUGGUGGAACCCCAUUCUGUUUUCAAAGAAAAAUAUUCCAGUUUUACUGAGGGAGGUAGAAAAAUGUCUGAACCCAGCAACGAAGCGACCUUCCACACCAGAGGAUGAAUCUAAAUACCAGCACCCAGAUGAGGAGACUGUAAAACUGAUCACAGAUGUGGGAUUUGCAACAGUUUUUUAUUCCACAACUGGAGUGUACCAUUACAGGGUACGGAACUCGACUGUGUGUUCUGUGAUAGUCAGCCCAGGAGAAAAGAAUCACACAAUCCACCUGACAGACAGCGGUCCAGAACAGAAGGUCAUCAUGUCGGUCCGACCCAAUGACCGGGUCUGGUGGGUGUGGCAGAGCACCAAGAAGCAGCAUAAUGUCAUACAGGUGUCCCAUCAAGGUGAUCCCAUCCCUGGGGGAUUCUGCAGCGGUAUGCCUCGGGACUCACCCUCAGCUUUCGUACACACCUUCGAAUUUCCAGGAGUAUUUUACUAUAAAAGUCAAAGUUUACCAAAGAUAUUUGGAGCAGUGGUUGUGACCACACAGCCAGUGGUUCACGAGGUGGAAGUAGGACCCAUCAUACGUCCUGACCCCAUCUCUGUCAAAGUUCACGACAUUGUGUGCUGGAUCUUUAGCAAACCACAAAAAGAGAAUGUAGUCGAAAUCACCCAUCCUGACCAAGUUACAGAAGAUCUACAGUGUGAAGAAGUCAGUGCAAGGUCUUGUUUGAGCAAGGCUAUAGACAAAACAGGAGUGAUGCAUUUCUACAGCAAGUCCUUCAACAAACAAAAGAAAAAUGUCGAAAAUUACCUGGAGGAUGUGAGAUUUAGCAGUGUGAUCAGUGAUGAGCGCUAUGACAACACAGUCAUCAAAGUCGACCAGCAGGGAUUUCAUCCACAUUUUGUAUAUGUACAGAAGGGAGAAAGUGUCAGAUGGACCUGGAUCAACACGGAUGAGGAACACAAUAUCAUCCAUGUCACCUCUCCAGAUAGCAAGGACCGUUUUGGAAGAAUGAACCCUCAAGUUCCAAUCAAGGAAAAAAUUGUCACUGGAAUCCGAGGUUUUCGGAGCGGCAUGUUGGAGAAAAAUCGAGAGUUUUUACACACAUUUGAUAGGAUCGGACAGUAUUUUAUCAUGUCUGAGGGGGCGCCAGAUGAAAUCUGUACUGUUUUUGUGGUGGAUGCUGAUCAUGUAAAGGAACCUUCGGUAGCUCCAAACUCCUUGAAUGGAGGAACUGUUGAUCAAUUCAGCAAGAUAGAACUGGUCUGUGAAACACUCGGAUCCAAAAUUUUCUACACCACUGAUGGAUCCCCACCUGAACUUCACAUUGAAUCAGCAAAGCUAUACAACCCAGAGAAAGGUGUCAUUCUUAAGAAACAUGGACUGUGUUUUAUAAGAGCUAUGGCAGUAAAGGAAGGACUCCUCAAUAGUUCCAUUUUUACCUCUAAGCGAUACUGGGUUUUGGCCAAAGAGGGUACGGUGGAGGAAAGUUCCUCAGAAACAGAGACAUCUGGUGACCAGAAGGAGGAGAAGCGACAGACUCCGCAGAAAAAUGAUAAUUGGGACUGGUGGAGUUGUGCGCCGACCGUCAAAGCGUGCUUUACUGACCCCGGGGUCAUGGAGGUUUUCUGGGAGGAGCCUAAUGCUAUCCAGAAAAAACUCAUCAAAGGGUACCAGAUUUUCCUGAAUGGAGUGAGGUACUGUGAAAUGUUCCCUCCCAAUAAUAAUAGUCUUAACAUCACUGGACUGGCAGGAAAUCGGAUAUACGAGGUUUAUGUAGAGGUCUAUUCUCUGGAUAAAAAACUCAACCCUCAGACCUCAAACAAACUGACAAUGAAGGUGCCCCUGAUGACAAAGGAGGGUGGACCAGUAAUCUCCCUUGAGCGGGCUAACAAGCAGGAUGCCCUGGUUGUGGUAUGGAUGUCUAUCGACACCACUGAGUACCCCAUCAAGGGCUACCUCGUGUUCCUAAAUGAUCAGCAGUGUGGAGCUAUGCUUGUGCCUGAUCCAGACAAGAACCGAUGUAAGGUUUUCAUUGGUGGAUGUGAGCUGAAUAAGGAGCAUAGGAUCUAUGUUGUUGCUCUACCAAAAGACAAUGUUGAAGAUGGGCGUAUGUCCAAUGUGAUAGAGGUGGUCCUCCCACUGGAUACCUCACAGAUUGUACUUCCUGAGGAAGACGAGAGACUGGACCAAGAGGAACUCUAUCAGGAGUACAUCUCUAUACAGGAAGGAAGUGGAUAUCUGGCAGCCAUGGAUGCGAAACGUCAUCACAUUGAAACUAACAACGUACCACCUCUCACUACCAGCUACCAGUAUACGUCAAGUAAACAACCCACGGACAGAAGACCGGGAGCACCGGCUGUGGUAGAAGUGGAAGAUCCCAGAUACAGAGAAUCCUCUGAUGAUCAGAGUAUGAUGACAGAUGACAACUAUGAGAAGGGAACACAGACACCAAGGGGCAAAUCUCGAGUGAAAAAUCUCAGAGAUAGCUAUGGCUCAGGUGACUUCUCAGAGGAGCGAGCCCAAUCUCGGCGAGCACAAAUUUCUGACUCAGAAAGUGAGACUGAGUCUGAGACUGGCUCAUCAGAAACUGAAAGUGAAACCGAAAGUGAGACUGCCUCAGAAGGAACUAGAUUAUCUAAUGAAGGAAGUGUUAUGGUGGUCAGCAUGAAGGAUGCAAAGUAUGCUCCAAAGGUCACCAGAGAGGUCGUGCAACAGAGCAGACCCAGGAGCAGCUACAUUGCUAGAGAUGACAAAACUGACACUGGGACACAGUCAGAUAUUACUCCGAGACCCCCUUCUGCUAGGCGGUAUAGAGAUACCCACAGUGCUCGCUCAGACAUGAGUCCUCCUAGGUUAGCUCGAAGGGCACUCAUUGAAGUAGAGGAGACUGCCUCAAUUGAUUUGAAUGAAGACCACAUGAUGAAGAGUGUCGUUGUGUCCAAAGAAAGAGGAAGUAGACGCCGCCAAGUAGAGGAAGGGGAGCCUGUAUAUAACCCUGCCAAUGAUGCACAAGUGGGUGUGCCUGCUCCAACUAUCAAAGUAUCCAGUAUGGGCAAAUCGGGGCUGAUUGUGGAGUGGUACAUUGACAAUCGCAUUGACUCGGAGUAUGAAGUCCAGCAGUAUAUCGUCAACAUAGUGGGCAGAGACUUCAGUGCCAAGGAUGUCAACAGUCAUAUCAGUUUUGAGUGUAACCUUGUGGAUAACAAAGGUCACAGUGUUAGAGGUACCCAGCAUUGCUGGACUCUGGAUGGAAACAAACGUAAAAUCAACAUCAGGGGUCUGUACCCUGACAACACGUACAGGGUGUUUGUGGUGGCAAAUUAUGGUUUCCGUGACGAGGAGGAGGAACAGAAGCCUAUAGAGGUCCAGGCUACAUCUCCUGUGAUUUACUACACCACAAUAGGACCCCCUCUCCCUCCAUUUGUCAGGGUCCUUAAUGUUGGAUUAUAUCAGACCACAGUUCAGUGGGAUCCUCCCAGACUACAGAGUGGGCUGGAGUUACUGGGUUAUAAAAUCUAUGUAGAUAACAAGGUUCUACAAGGGCUUCAGAGAAAAGACACACGACAAUUGGUGAUUAAUGACCUGGUGCCAGGAAAGACAAUCGGUGUAUCGGUGGUAGCGGUCCUGAGACAGAGUGGUAUAGAAAGUGAACCCUCCCGACAGAUACACAUCACCUGUCCUAAGAGGCCCCCUCCCCCUCAUAUCAGCCAGCAGCCCCUCCACAAACACGGCAGUGUUUUGGUGGCCUGGGACAAGCCAGGAGGGGUCAGGAGAGCCGUGGCUCAGGAGGGAAUCACCAGCUACAGGAUAUAUGUCAAUGAUAAAUACUUUGGGAAGAUAGAUGCCUCCCCCAAAAUGGAUCGCCAAGGUUACCAGUAUGUGAUCACUGGCCUUAACCCCGAGGAAAGUUAUGAUGUCAAGGUCAAGAGUAUGGCUGGUCAAAAACAUGUCGAUCCCGACCAGAACCACAUUUUCUGUAUCAGUGAGAGUGCUUUCUCUAACACUAUCCCUGUCCAAGCUCCAGCGGCUCCUAAAUCUCCAGAGCUCAGGCUAGAGAGCAUGACCCCCCAGGGAAUCAGGGUCACAUGGCUAGCACCUCAGCAGUACGGGGAGGCAGAAAUUUCUGGUUACCGUCUGCUGAAGAAUGGUAAACUGUAUGGACACGUCAUGGGACCUGACGUUAACGCUGUAGAUAUUACUGGGAUUUCCCUCGGUGACAAGGUUGUCCUUCAGCUGGUGGCCUUGACAAAUCAUCCAGUAGGGAAACUCGAGCGAGCUCUUAUGGAACUCGAGAGAGAUGAAUCAUCACCACGACAACAAGCACAACUCACUGGUAGUGAUCAGAAAGUGUUCACUCUGACAGAGGGAGUGAAAACCAAGGGCUGGACUAAAACCGAGUCUACUAACAAACUGGAGGAUAUGUUGCUUGGAGAGAAAUAUGCAGGUUGUCGUCCAGGCCCCAAACUGACCGUUCACUACACAGGCCUCGUCAGGGGUCCGGACGAUGUGUGGCUAGAGCAGGUGACUGGACACUCAGCACUUGUGGUCUGGAAAAAAGAUGAUAUUUUUGAACUUAACCAAUAUCUCCAUGAGCAAGAUAAGCUGAAAUUACCUAUCCCAGAGGACAAGCUACACGGCCACUUUGUUCGUCCUGACCAUUAUGUAGUGACCUGGUGGUGUGGCGAUAAAAACGAUGUCCAGAGUGAAGAGACUAAAGAGGAUCAUAUUCUGAUCACUGGGCUCCAUCCAGCAACAACAUACACCAUAGUCGUUGAGGCACGACGUAUGGAGAAUUACAAGGUCGAAGGAGAAGAAAAUGACACCACCAACAAGUUUAUCCUAACCGCCCAAUCAGAACCUCUGACUCUGAGAACGGCCCGCCCACCUGACCCGCCCAGUAAUCUGUCGAUAGCUGCCUCAACAUGUAAUGCCCUCAGACUUGUCUGGGAUCCACCUGUAGAACAUGGAGUGGAAAUAAUAGCUAUCCGAAUUGAUGCUCAGUCUAUAAACACCAGUGACCUUCAUCAUGUGUCUGUAGAAGUACGACCAGAUGAAUGCAGGGCCGACAUUGAAGGCCUGCGAGAGAAGACAGACUAUGUCCUACGAGUCACGGCAGUUACUGAUGAAUAUUUCGACAGACUUCCAGAGAGGCACAAGCUAAAGAAAGUCCGUUCCAUUCCCAGAGACAGAAUGGUUGCUGCUGAUGAUUCAAUAUGGCUGCCAAACACUUACACCAUGGCCAAAACUGCUGGAACAGAGCCCCCCGCUAAUCUGAAGAUCGUUGAGUCUUCAACUUCAGGACUUUCAGUGACCUGGCUUUUACCGAUUGUUUAUGGAUCUAAUAAGUUAAUUGGACAAGUUCUCAGAUGGUCUGAUGUGAAAAAUUCCAAGAAAGGUGAUAGUGAAUGGUAUGUGGCCAGCCAUAUCAACCUUGACCCUGCAGAUAAUAAUGUGACCAUUGAAGACCUGACCCCUGGGGCACAAUAUAAGAUUGUAGUAGAAGCAGUGGUCAGCAUCAAAACCUCCCUAGAAUCUGCUGAAAACGACAAAGAUAUACAACGAUACCGCAGAACUGCCAACGUGAUGUCAAAGCCUUUGUUCACUAGAACUAGGGCUCCAACGGAGCCCCCCAGGGUAUACAUCACAGGAUACACCCAAACCACUGCCCAGCUGUAUUGGGAAAAACCUCCCCUGGUGUCGGUCAUUGGCAAGGAGAAUGAUGGACGACCUAAAUAUCUCAGGAGGUACUUAGAGGGGUAUAAACUGGAAAUUAAUGACAGACUUCAUUCCUGUUUGGGACCCAAUGCCCAGAGUUGUCAGCUGACCAAGUGUAAACCGGGCAAAAAGUACCGAGUGGUGCUGGUGGCACUGACUUGUACUGACCAAGGAAAGAAAGACCGCAAAAAGAAGUACAAGGGAGUAUACAGAAAUGUCAGUCUACAGACGGUAGACUACUCAGCUCUACUCCAAGAUGAGGAUAACCUUGACCCUUCACCUUCAGAACCUCUGGAAGUUGUCCUUCCCAGGGACCAAGAUGGUUACAUCAAGAGUUUAGAGUGCACAUUCAAGCAUGAUGAGGAUAGAGACAACAGUACAUUUGGUGACAUUGAACUUCGCUGGGAAACACAAGGGGAGAGAAGUGAUGUCAUCACUCACGUCAAGCAGUUUAACGUUAUCUGGUCUAACACUGAGGAGAGGCAGGUCCAGACAAGAGUUGUCACUCCUGAUGCCAGGAAAACUCUGAUACCGGUCACAAGGUUAAAGGCCUCUUAUGAUAUCCAAGUGGAACCAGAUUACUUUACAGAUGCCCUGCACCAGGUUAACCAGAAAAUUCAGCUGGUUAUUCCUGGUCCCCCAGAUCCACCAGAAAUCUUUCUGAAGUCUGUUAGCCCAGAGGAGUUUGUCAUAGAAUGGGGAGAACCUAGGCUGUUUGGAGGGGUCAAAGUUCGAGGUUACCAGGUAUAUUUGAAUGACAAGAAAGUGGGAAAUGAACUUAGUAAUUCUCAUCGCAAGGCCGUAAUACCAUGCCGUCCAAAUAAGAACUACAAAGUACAGCUGGUGGCCUUAAGUGACAACUCAUUCUACAGCGACUCAUCCUUCUCUAACAUGCUACUGGUCAGCACCUCCCCCCACUCCCCCCGCCUUCUGUCAGGGGAGGAUAUGAUCCGGGAGGAUCAGGACAUGAUUCCAGUCAAGGUCACUACCAUCACAGAAACCUCCAUACAAUUGGACUGGUCCAACUUCAUAGAGACAGAGGGGGUAACAGGAUAUAAAAUUCAGUGGAGCAGUGUGGCCCAACCAGCACAAAGAGAGGUCAAACUCUCAGAUAAGGACAGUAGCUGUGUAAUUAACAACUGUCUGCCUGGGACCACUCACUUUGUCCGACUAAUUGCUAUUGAUGCUGACGGACAGAUUCUGGAGAAGUCCAAACAAUUGACCAUUCAGACUUCAGCUCCACCAGAUGCUCCAAUUCUGUCUGUCAGAGCUUGCAACUUCCGGUACAUAGCAGUACAGUGGGAGAAACCCAACACAUAUGGAGACGCCUUAGUAACAGGCUACAAGGUGUACGUAAAUGGCAUUGUUGAGGCCAUAUUGAAUGCAGAGCAGAUGAGCUUUACCUUCACACAUGGGAAAUGGUGCCAGGAAUAUGCUUUCCAAGUGCAAGCCCUGACUUCUUUCGAAAAACUCCACAGCAAAGUUUCGGAACCCCUAGUGGUGGUUUGGCCAGGAUGUAAGGCCCCAGCACUGAAACGACUUGCCACCCACAGCAGUUCUUGUGUCAGAAUUGCUUGGGAUGAUCCUUACCUCACAGAAGGGGUCAAGGUCAAACAUUUCAGGGCUGUUUGUGUGGAACGUGACACAGAAAAGGAAGUGACACCCUCCAUUGGACCAAUUCAUCCUAACACCAGAGAGGCAGAGUUCAAGAACCUUAAGAGAGGAUCAUACAGCAUCUUCUUAGAAGUACAUCUGUACAACACUGGUGAUGUGGUGUGCUCUGAGCCUCUACAUGUGGCCCCUGCACCUGCCCCGGAUCCACCCCUGGUUACUGUUACAGUUGUUGGAUUGGAUGAACGCAGGGCUCUGGAGAGACUUACAUGUGAUCUAGUCAACAAGAGGGAUAGAUUAAUAAGAAAAGUUGGUCAUAAACUAAAAGAAAUUGGUGCUUUAUCAAAUCCAUUGAGAGCAGAGAAGAAUAGGGGAGUGAUUGAGGGAGCCCACACAUUAUCCAGGAUAGAGGAAAUUCUGGAACACUGCUUCAGUGCCCUGGAACAUUAUACAGGGCAGCUGAUUGCCCAUGUCAGUUGGUCUUGUCCUCAGAGGCAGAGUGAGACAAGUGUGUCAGGAUUUAAAGUUCUGAUUGAUGGGAAACAGUAUGGAAAUACCAUGCAUGAGGGAGUCAAACAAGUUCGCAUCAAGCUUGGAACAGAGCAGCCAAUCUACAAAUUGACUAUGGUGUCUGUGUCAGACAAACCGCAGGCCUCCAGUGCCGAAUCAAACGCUGUUGAUCUUCUGUCAGAGACCUUCAGACCCUUCUCAUUCUACUGCUAUCACAGUAUUCAUAAUCAAAAUGCAAGGUGGCCAAAUCAGGGGUGCUGCAAGUAUCAGGACUCUGUGAUGUAUGAGCGACAGUUAGCCAAAAAACUAGCCAAUCAGGGCCUCUUAAAACGCAAAGUCCCUCCCCCAGCCUGCAGCCUGCUAGACAUAUUCCAGGGAGACUACAAACCCUUCCUAGGGACUCACAACAAACAGUUCCCAACUGCCAUACUCUUCUGGACACCAUGGUGUCAUGGAUCUCAGAAAGUCAUGUCACAUUAUGCACGUUUUGCCAGAGAAGGAGCUUCUGAGUAUAACUUUAUCGCUGUUUCCUGUGGAGUGGAAGCUAACCACGCCUCAGACAGAAAAUCCUUGAUCCACUCCAUUACAUCCAAUGGCUGGAGGGAACAAGGUGUAAUUUGGCAUUGUACAAGCCAGUGUGCAUCCCCCAUUGAUGAAGCUAGCAGUGUCUGGAAAAACAGUACUGCAGGAUCUGCUCCCAGGAAUGAUAUAGAGAAUGGCAAAAAGCACGUAGAUUUGACAGAAAUUCUGGGAAUAGCUGGUGUGCCUACUUUCCUGUUUAUUCAUGCAGAUGGUUACAUUGCUUGGCAUGGUCGUUACAGUGCCUAUGACUACGCAUCUUUUGCUGCCUUUAUGAGGCACACGUUCAGUGAGGUUCAAGGAGUGGGUUGUCCUGUAUUCCAGUGUGACUCUUGUAAAAAUGAUAUGACAAUUGAUGAUGAGUCUCUAGAGCCAGUUUUGCAGUUGGUAAGAGAGAGUUCUACUUCAGCUCUGUCAGCACCACGAUACAUAGAGGAACGUCGUCCUCACUCUCCCAAAAGGGCAGAUUCCCCCACAAAUGCUGACCCUCCCAUUGACAGAAUCUUCAUGAAGAAGCGUCCUCGCAGUCCAAAACGACACAAAAAGAUUUCUGUCAACCAACGUCCAUUUUCUGCCUCCAAUGUCACCCAGGCACCUUCUCAUUAUGUCCAGUUGUUAAAAAGUCCUUAUAUGCAGAAGACAGUUCCCUCUCCGAAGGUUCUAAACAAGCUUUUACGUCCUCAGAGUGGAGGAGCAAGGCUUGGCUGAGGCUGUGGUCCUCAAAUCUGAGGAGUGAUUGGCUGAGAGUGUGGUCCUCAAUUCUGAGGAGUGAUGUUUAAGUUCUGAGGAACUGAUGUAAAACUUGGUGCCAAGAAAAUUUGAAAAUUUGUACUAAUUAAUCAUGCUGUAAUCAGAAAUGAAACUACACAAUGAAGAAAUGCAUUUGCUUAAAACAUUCUUUAUGUGAUUUAGAUUUAAAAUUUAAUUUAUAUUUACAUUUUGUUAACUACCACAUGUCAAUGGGUGUGCAAGAGGGAUUUUGAAAUAGCUUUUUUUGCAAUUUUUUUUUUCAAAUCAUUUUUCAUUUUGAACACAUCAACAUUGAGAAUGACAUCCUUUUUUUAUUUUAUAUUUAUUUUUUACAGGUUUACAUUGUAGAAAUUUUAACAAAUUAUCUGUGAUAUUUAUGAGGUUAGCAGGUUGAAAGCUAGCAUACAUUUGUUAGAGUGUGAAAAUCAAAAUUGAAUUAGUUUUUGUAGUAAUCAUGAUAAAGGGAAGAAUUUAAUCAAUUUAAUUUUUUUGGUAGUUUGAGGCAUUUUUGCUAAAACCAAGUAAUCAAGAUGUUUUGACAAGAGAAAAGAGCUUUUAAUUUAAGAUAUUUUGUGUUUUCUCAAUGCUGAAGUAGGUUGUUCUUGAUAGUAUAAAUAUCUUUACAUGAUUUGUUAUAGAUUUACCUUUAUCCGUCCUUUUAUAUGUUAUAUAAUUUAAAAAAAAUACAUACUGUAUAUUCUUGCCUGUGAUAAAGUAUUAUUUUUUGUUGAUUUUGAAUAACUCCUAAUAUUAAUGCUUAAACACAUCAACAGUACGUUUAGGUUAAAAACAAUGUGAUAUUAUCUUUCCUGGCAGUGGUAUGAAAAUCUUCACGAGUCUGAGAAGUUGCUACAUGUACUUGUUUUGAUAUGUGAGCUACAUCCAUUGUAUUCUAUUUGUUGUGUGAUAUAUUUUACAAAUUCAUACUAGUUAAUAAAUUCUAAAUUUA